GCCGGGUGAGGGAGAGGCGGCCGCACACAAAGGAGCGGCGCUCGGAUCCGCACCGCGCAAGGAACCAAUCGCCGCCACGGCCGCGCGAUAAAAGGGGCUGCGGGGGGAGCGCGCACGGAGCGAGGAAGGGACGGAGCGAACGACGGAGAUACGGACGGACAGAGCAACGGACAGCACGGGGAGGGCUCAGCCCUUGUGCUGCUCGGCGGCGGACCCGGGGGUAUGGGCAGCUACACCAAAGGGGCCUCUCUUGAAACAGAGACCGGGGCACGGGACUGCAGAAGGGUGUUGCAAGAGGACCGACCGCCUUCAACACCUCCCCGGGAACAUCAGCCCACAGACUCCAAACUCAGGAUUAAAACCAACUGAGGAGGGGACAGAACCAUGUUCCAGGCCUCAGAAGCUGCCAGCACAACCCCGUCUCACGAGGCAAAGAGCAACUCAGGAAGCAGCACAGUGCAGCGCUCCAAGGUACUGCAACUCUCCUUCACCCUAUUGCUGUGCGAGGAGGUGGGGAGGACAGAGAUGGGCACAGGAUCUCUGAACCCCUUUCCUCACCUUCUCUCCUUCUGGUUUCUCCUUGCCCAGUCCUUCAGCCUGAAGGCCCAAGUGAGGGAGAUGUGCACUGCCUGCCAGAAAACCGUCUAUCCCAUGGAGCGGCUGGUGGCCGAUAAAUUUGUCUUCCACAACUCCUGCUUCUGCUGCAAGCACUGCCAUGCCAAGCUCAGCCUGGGCAGCUACGCGGCGCUCCAUGGGGAGUUCUACUGCAAGCCCCACUUCCAGCAGCUCUUCAAGAGUAAAGGCAACUACGAUGAGGGCUUUGGGCGCAAGCAGCACAAGGAGCUGUGGGUGCACAAGGAAGUGGAGAGCGGGACCAAGUCGGCAUGAGCAGGGCACGGCCCACCCUUCCCUGGAGCCCAGCAGACAGCACAGAGCAGUGCUGAGCCAGUGCUGACUGAGCUGAUGUAAAGCAAAGGGGACCCAAGCAGCAGGGGAUGGGAGGCAGCUCAGCUUACCUUGGGGUGUCUGAGGAUGUCUGGAGGGAUCCUACAGACUGUAAGGAUGGGGGCAGAUGUGAGUGGGGUGCAGCCCCCAAACCCAGAGCCCUCUCUCCCUGAUGAGAUCAGACCAGAAGCUCUUGCCCCCUGUGAAAUCCCAGCCCUGUGCACACAUUCCAGGCCUGCUGCCAUGGAAAGGAGAUGUAAGGGCUCUGAGAGCCCCAGCCCAGCCUGUAUGUCAGAGCAGAGCUUCCAGUACCAAUCCUGCCUUGCUGGUGGCUCUGAAUAAGAAGGUUCUUUGGUUUACAUCAGCUCAGUUCAGUUGGGAUUGUUCAGCCUUAAGGAUGUUGCCCUGCGACUGUUUAACGGUGUCUGUCCUUUUUAUAUUUGCCUUCCAUUGGUACGUUCUGCGCUGGAGCCGGGUGCAGCUCCACGCAUCACACCGCGCCAUGCGCUCUUUUAUUUUUGUAAUACAAGGUUUCCAAGCCUU